UAAGACGGAGAAGCGCUAAAAAACUCUCAAUUUUCUUCCCUAAUAAUUCCUUUUUCCCCCAAAAUCACAGUAUUUCUUAUAAUUUUAAAACCUAGAGUUUCUCUCAAGGGAUUCAUUUCCGAUUUCAUGGCGGAAAGCUCUAGUUCGAUCGGCAAGAAGCGGGCGAGAGAGGAUGAUGACGGUGAAAUUCUCAGUCUUGAGAACAAUCUUACCUAUAGUGAUACCGCAAUAGCACUUCAAAUGAUGCGUUCACAAUUUCCGAAGGUUGAGAAGGUUGCAAUACAGCCUUUCAUCUUGCAGUCACAGUUGUAUAGUAGUGUAAAGGAUAGGACACAGGUGGACAGGGACUUGGAGUCAUUGAAGAAAGAAAAAGUUCUUCGCUUGUUCAAACUAAAUACCGGACAGGAUGAUCAUGCCAUAAUGUUCAUGGAUGAUUAUCUCAAACAGGUGGAAACUUCAAUGAAGAGGUUGCAAGACAAAGAUCAGCAAGACAUUCGAGUGUUUGACUGGUUUAAGAGACAUGUUAUCGAAUCCAAAUUGGAUGUUAGCAUAGACCAUCAAGAGUUGGUGAGCCAGUUGCAUUUCAAUGAAGAACAACUUUAUUAUAAUUUUUUGCAUCUUGAUGAUUGCUGUCUGCAUUUGAGGAACCUUUUCGUGCUUAUGAAACAAAAAAUGUUAUAUUCAAGUACCGUAAUCAAUUUUUCAAUCUUUUAUUUUGUGUUACAUUCGGAGUAACUUUGUAUCUGCUAG